CUCCAGAUGCAGAGUACCGUACGCACAAGGGUUGUCUCGAAAAAGCUUGAAAGAGCGCUUGAGAGACCAUGACUCUUGGUUUCUUGUGGUGAUCAAUCAAUGUUCCACGCUCCAAUGAGCGUGGGGAGAAUUGAAGCUGUACGCACAGUUGAACCACGAGUCACGGAUGAGUCGCAGGCAGAAGAGAUUUAACAAAGCAACUCAACUCGGGAACAAUAAUUAGGCGCUUCUAUGGACACUAUGCCUUUCAAGCUCCAAGCUUGGCGGCAGACCACGGCAUCUCACAAUUUAAUUCCGUCAAGCGGUUGAGCGUUUGUUUUUACGCCUCCACUCCCUUUGUUGCCACAGCUACUACUAGUACUCAUCCAACAGAGACAAUGAUGUCGCGUCUGAAUGCUCUUGUCCUUGGACUGCUGGUUCUCGUCAGUACAAGUCCCACUGCAUUGUCCAUUCCAGGAGGACAACAGAGUACGGCUCCCGAAGGUGUCUAUCCGACUCAUUUUGAGAAUUGGGAAUGGUGUGCCAAGGCCGGUCAAUGCCAAGAUGCUGCCACUUAUAUAGAGGACGAGGAGAUCGAGUACUAUUGGUCUCCCAAGUCUAAGUUUCACGAGGAUCCGCAGGGAGAAUUCACGACGCCACCGGUCAGUCUGGAUGGCUACAAUCGUCCCAUGGAUGCCACCAAGCUGAGGGCCGGAUACGAUGCUGCUCGUGUCCCCGAUGACGUUCCGUAUCUGAACAUGUACCUCCCCGAUGGAGUGCCCAAUUCCGACGGUUCCUUUCCGGAUGAUCCAUCGGCAUUCGACGAUCCAGCCGUGGUGGGACCGUGGUGCCUUGAACACUACGGAUUCUGUGCACCCAGUCCUGGCACCAAUGGAGAUCCACACUACAAACAGUGGCAUGGACAAAUAUACGACUUUCAAGGUGGUUGUGAUAUCCUUUUCCUCAGGGCCCCCAGCUUUCAAAAUGGACAGGGACUCGAAAUACACACCCGAACCAAAGUCAGAAUGGACUACUCCUUUAUCGAAUCAGCAGCCAUCAAGAUUGGCGAUGAUAUUCUGGAGAUUUCCUCGUACGGAGACUACUUUCUCAAUGGAGUCGAGGGUGCUCCCCUACCAGCCUUUGUCGGGGGUCUGCCCGUGGCUCAUUUGGCCCGGGAUGAGAAAUCACACAUGUUUGAUAUCUUUCUGGAAGAAGAUCGUCGCAUUGUCAUCAAGACACUCAAAGAUUGGGUCAGUGUCAAGAUUGAUCAACCCUUGGCAGUGGACUUUGCAGAUUCCGUCGGUAUGAUGGGAAACUUUGUCACGGGCAAAUUGUUGGCUCGAGAUGGAACACGAGUCAUUACCGACAUGGAUGAAAUGGGACAAGAGUGGCAGGUACAGCCGGAGAUGGAUGGAAUGCUCUUUCAGACGGAACGGGCACCGCAAUACCCCGAAAAGUGCAUUAUUCCACCUCCCUUUAUUGCGGAGGAGCAUCGGCAGCUCCGGGAAGGCAGUAGUCGAACUAUUACGGAAGAACAGGCCAAGGAAGCGUGUGCCCACUGGACGUCACAUACAAAGAUGUGUGUCAGGGAUGUCCUUGCGGCUCAGGACUUGCAAAUGGCAGAGGAAUUCGUCUAAAAGACAAAGAAACCAAGAGUACUACAUGUACAUGGAGUGCAUGUGGAAAGAUCACGCUCAACUCGACACUUACUUGAAGACCCAACAAUACACUUGGUGCACAGCUCACAAUCAUAUAUUUAGUAAAGGAUGAGUACGGUCAAGCAAUCCCAAUCAUGUCACUAGCUAGUUAUAGAACACUUUAUAAAUCGACAUCCUAUUGGUCUAUAAAGAGAUUUAGUAGAGCAAAA